GUUAAUAAUUCUUGCUGCAAUUUAUCAAUUAUGUAGACAUAAUUUUUUUUUAUUUUUUGGCUGAAUUUAAAAUGCAGCCUCGUAACGUGGAUUUCUUAGCUCAGGAAUUUUUUCAAAAAUCAAGGAGACCUUAUGGUCUUCAAGGAGAAAGAGUCUACGCACCUUUACGACCUUUUAAUUCUGUGAACAAUCGGUCUAAAUUGACUGUGGCUGCUUUGCAAAGCGAAAUUCAUCAAUUGAGAAAUGAAAUAUCCCUGUUAAAACAUGAGCUUCAAUGGAGGGAAGAUUCUAUUUAUAAAGCUCAAGAGCAUUCGAAUGCGUUAGUAAAAGAGCUGGUGUGUUUAAAGAGAUAUGCCGAAAGAACAAACCUGUUUAAUCCUCGAUUUUAUUUGAUUCUUUCUUCUUUAGUUCAGGGAUUACUUGAAGCUGUUGCACAGGACCCUUCACAACAAGUGUCGGAUAUAAUUCCUGAGUGCCUGUCUCUCAUAGAUCAGUGUCCUUUGGUACGUUUUAGAUGGCAUAAGUAGAGGUAUAGAAAGAGAAAAUAAGAGAGUUACAAAAAAAAAUCAUGCACUGCGACGAUUCUUUUUGAAUGGAAAAAACCGUGACCUGUUGUAUUCCCGGAGUUACAACGCCUUGAUUGACACCAAUUUAAUUUGUAUUUUAAUGUAACGUUAAAAAAAUUAAAAAAAAAAGGAUACCACAUACAAAAUUUUUUGAUAAAGAGCAACAACAUUAGCGAUUAAUUGAGAUGGAUUGUUUUACAAACAAACAUAUUUAAUGUUUAGCGAUUGAUGCUGGCCUUCUGCUUUGGGAUACAAACUAGAAAAAAAAUGGUAAUAACAUCAAAAGGUAGAAAUUCAAUAGUAUGUAUGUGUGUGUGUGUUCUUCGUAAUACGUGCUACAAAAGCAAUUGACAAAGUUAUAUUUCAAAGGCGUCAGGAACAGAAAUAAACAAGCUUUCAAAAA